UGAAAGUGAAGGAAGAAAAAGAAAAGAAAUGAAAUGAAAGUAGAGUAAUAGAAGCGGUUGUAGUUUUUAAAAAGUAGAGUUAGAUGCAGAGGAUUGAUUCUGGACUGUACUACCCUUCACUCAGUUUAUAAAGAAGGAGAUAUUUUCAUAGCCACCACUCUGAUAUUUCAUCUUAAACCCUAGCCAGCCGCAUUGCUCUUCCCUCUUCCAUUCGGAACUCAGGCAACAAUCAUAAUGGCCUUCUGUAAUAGGGUUGGAAAUGUCUUGAGGCAGGGUGCUGCUGGCAGCACACAAGCACCUGUUGCAUCCAUGCUUAAUUAUAUUCGCUGCAUGUCUUCAAGCAAGCUUUUCAUUGGAGGCCUUUCGUACGGAGUUGAUGACCAGUCUCUUAGGGACGCAUUUGCUAGUUUUGGAGACGUGGUUGAGGCAAGGGUUAUAACUGAUAGAGACACUGGUAGAUCGAGGGGAUUUGGAUUUGUCAACUUCUCCAGUGAUGAGUCUGCAAGUUCGGCACUGUCUGCAAUGGACGGGCAGGAUCUAAAUGGGCGAAGCAUCAGGGUAUCUUACGCAAAUGAUAAACCUUCUGGACCUCGAUCUGGCGGCGGUGGUGGUUAUGGCGGUGGUGGUUAUGCUUCUCGUAACGGCGGUGGAGGUGGAGGUGGUUAUGGUGGUGGCGGUGGCGGUUGGUGAUCCAAUUUUUUUUUUCUGGGGAUCGUGCUUAGUUUUGAGAUUUAAUGUUUAUGCCAAGAACUUCGAUUUAGCUAGUAUAAUCAGUGGAAUGCCGUGUUUUCUUCGGUAACAUUUCUUAUUAGUUUCGUUAUUCUAACUACCUUUAUGUGAUGUCUGUUUCGAUCAAUCAAGGGGUUGGAUUUCUCAUUAGUUUUCAA